AAACCGGUUCAUCCGACCAUCGUCGUCCCCCAAUCCAGGCCCGGUUCCGCGGCAAGCAAGCCUCCUGCCGUCGGUAACGGUCAGCAUCCCAAUGCCGGCUUCCCUGCAAAGAAGCCUCCCCCUCCACCUUCCAGCAGAAAGCCUUCUGGAAGCGUACUAAGUCCUUCCGUAAACCAUUUUCCCCUUCCCGGGAUCGGUACGAUGCCCGAUGUACUCAGUCCUCUCCCUGGAAAGCUACUUUUGACGCCUGGCUCUGGCACGAUUAGAGGCGAUCCCGAGCUCUUAGAUAGCUAUUUCCCCAUCCGUAGUUCCAGAGUUGAGUCGGAUGCAGAGGGACACGGUGUGCGGAGCCCCCUGCGCCGGCCAAUCACACCCUCUCCUGUUUCGCCCCUCUCUCACGACCCCAGAGCCGCCGGGGACCGUCCCUCCAAGGUCAUCAAAAAGGUCUACGUGCGCAUUGAACGACACGUAUACGACGUCAAGAUCGCGUACGACGGCGGUUCGGAGACGAGCUGGCGUAGCUCAAACACCGGACAACAACUGGAGUUCGAGCUGGCCGAGGGCGAAUAUAUCACCCAUGUGUGGUACGCUGCCGACAAUGACUCUAUCCAGGGCGUCCUUUUCGGCACGUCCACUGGGCGCAAGUCAGGAUGGCUUGGUUUCGAAUACGGGCUGUACGGUCUGCUGGUCAAGGACGGAUGUAUUCUUGGCAGCCUUUCUGGUAUAAUACAGGACGGUCGGCUGAGCACACUCACGCCCGAGUGGCUUCCAUACCGUCUUGGGGGCGAAAUUAGGUGGUACCAGACACGCCACGCCACGUUGGAAGCCGAGUGGACGGAAUACCGGUCUGCCGUCGCAGAGUUGGAACAGCAAAUUUCCGGUGGCAGGAUCAGCUGGGACCAGCUCGGCACGUACACAAUUGCGGUCACGGAUGCUCUGGCCGAGCUGGUGCAGGACGUGGAGAUCCUUCGCGGUAUGGAGCAAGAGUCAAGCACAGCUUUGGUCAAGGUGACGGCAUUGCGCGAGGAGUAUCUCACCAGCCAUCUACGCGUGUGCAGGCAGGCGUCCGAGGCAAUUCGGACGCAGCUCUCCCUCCUUGCGAAUGUGCUAGGACCCCUCUCCGGUCAGCUCGGCCCAUCCGUUGAGAGCAUACGCGAACGGGGAGCAAAGCUGCUUUCUCUGCUCGUCAAGCUCAGAGAGGAUGUGCAGGUGUAUAUUCAGAGCCUUGGUCAAGUUGUCGUCAAUCUUGGCAACGAGCUGGACAUCUGGAAGCUACAAGCUGACAGUGCGCGCCUAGCAUUUGCAGAAGACAAAGAGAAGUUCAACAAGGUGAUGGCCCCGAAGGGCAUCACGGUCACAGAGACCAACGACCAAGAAGCUUCACUAUGGGGCCUUCAAGACUGGUACCACCGUAUCCCUCCUGAGCUCAUCGAAAAUACGGCCGAGAGUCACAUCCUCGUCGAAGUGACUAAAUCUGACGCCCGGAUGCAGUACGCAAUCUCCCAAAUAACCUUCCUGCAGCGCAACAAAAAGCAGCUGUCCGCACACAAGAGUCAGGUAGAGACGCUCCAGCGACAGAUCGACGUCACCGUCUCCUCCCUGCGGGACGUCAUCCGCACCGUUCAGUCGCUGCACCCCGAUGGCGGCGCCAUCUCCCAAGGGGGUUCGAAUCUCGCGGCGCUGGUGAAAAGUCUCGUUGCACUCGUCGAACAGCUUCUCGUUGCCACGAGAUCGCGGGAGUUUGGGACGAUCCUAGUCUCUAUCCUUCAGAGUAUUCUCUCCGAUACCGGCUUCGAGUUCAGGGAGGACGGCAGACUCUUGCUGCGAGCCUCGAAGGCUAUCAUUUCUUGAGCCGCGUUAUGUUCAUCUGUGUACCGUGACGUCCCAAACCUUCGAUAUAUGGAUACAGUGUCUGGAUACUCUGACGAUGUAGCCAGUACCGCAUCACCGACUUGCAGUCACGGAAAGCGCGUGUUCUGUUGGGC